AUGUCCCGUUACUCGAACGUUUCACUCAGAGUGACGGGGCUCACCAUGUACCCGUUCGCGAGAGUCAAAGUGGAGGAGAACGGAGCGGUCACUUUCGAUGGACUGGCUGGCUACAUGCUCUCGCUUCUGCAACAGUCCAUGGGCUUUGAGUUGGGUAACAUUGAGAUAAUCCCACGGAUUCCCCCAGACACGGUGUGGGCAGGUCGCAACGCGCAGGGCGUCUGGGCUGGCCAGCUGGGAAUGGUCUACCGAAACGAGGCUGACCUUGCCAUCGGCCCUGCGACGCCCACCGAGGAAAGGUUCACUGUUGGCCACGCUUUGCCCAACUAUUUUGACACGGUCGCCUGCCACGUGGCUGGCAGACUCAUCAGCCACGUCUCGAACGUGGCUGGCCACAUCGGAGGGUUCGACACGCAGAUAUGGCUCAUCAUAGCUGGAAUCCUGCUCUUUCUGAGCGUGGGGCUCUCUCUGUACGAGCGACGAAAAACACUGAAGAAGUUCAGCGCCUUGUUUUACCGCAACGUAUUUGAGCUGCUGGGAAACUUGCUCAUCGAAGCGUCCCCGCGGUCGCACGAGGACCCGCACGUACGCACCGUGCUGGCCUUCUGGUGGAUGAUGCUGAUCGUGCUGAUGAAUACCUUCACGGGUCACAUGAAGGCCAGCAUGACCGUCCAGGAGGAGCUGCCCCGCAUCGACACCCUCCAGGACAUCGUCGACCACCGAGGCGUCACUCCCGUCGUCAUAAGGGGCAGCACAUUCGACGAGAUAUUCAGGGUGUCCACCAGGCGCGACCACCAGCUGGUGUGGCGGCGCGCGCUGCAGCGGCGUACCGUGCUUUCGGGACGCGACAUCUUCGUCAAGUCCAUGUUCGACGACGUGUUGGAGGGCCGCAAGGUCAUCUUCCUGGACACGCUGCUCUUCCACUACUGGGUGGGCCGCUUCUACCAGGGGCUGCCCCGCGGCGAGUUCUACCUGGCCAAGGAGGCCGUCCUGUACCCGUCCAUGUGCAUGUGGCUCAACAGAAACGUCGACCCUGCCAUCGCUAGGGCACUGCACGUCAGGAGCCGAUGGGUGGCCGAGUCCGGCAUGGCGAGUCACUGGAAGAACCUGCUGGUGGAGCGGAGCCAGCGCACGUCGGGCGGCGCCGGCGGCUCGUCGCAGUCGGCGCAGUCGAUGAGCACCGCGUCGCCCCUGCAGCUGCAGGACGUGGCGGCCGUGCUGCAGCUCCUCGUGGCCGGCGCCUGCGCCUCGCUGCCCGUGCUCGUCGCGGAGGUCGCCGUCCACCGCCGCUGCGCCACCCGUCGCCGAUGUUGCUGCUGCAGCUUCGGCGGGGAUCGGCCCGCACGCCGCACGACCCUGCCGGCGAGAAGGCGCGCGCAGUGGCGAAGCGGGUUGCUCUGAUCCGACGACGAAGGACGAGCCCGCUCAGCGCGGUGCGGCCGCGCCAGUUCGAUCCGG